AUGGUGAAAACUGCUACCAGUAAUGGUAUGAAUAAUAGUACCGGACUCGGCGCACUACUACUAUUCAAAGAAGAACAUACAGACUGCAAGGAGAAAUUGGAACACCUAUCAAAUGAACACAAAUAUUUUAGUGAACAGAAUAAAAUCCUGUCAGAAGAAAAUGAAAUACUUAAGAGAAAUAUCUCCUUGUUAUACAGAACAGCAAAGGGUGAAGUGGACAGAAAAGAUUAUGAAAUUGAUAGAUUGAGAAAAAAACUAAAGUAUGCUCAAGAUAAAGUUCAAGAAUUAGGGCUGAAGCAAGUGAACAAUGAUGAAACCGUUGGUAACAACUCAAGUCUAGCUAACAGAUUAAUGAAGAUAGCGUAUAGAAGAGAAGAAGAGUCAACUCUGGCUGAAACCCCGGGAAAUGAGACAUAUUUGUGUGUUCAAAGUAAAGUGAAAAAAGAACAGGAGUACUUAAAUCAUUAUCAGUGCAAUAAUAAUGAAGCACAGUUGCACAAUGGCAUAGAAUUGAAUGAUAAUGUAUCUGAACAAGAAAAUCACUUGACUCAGAGUACUGUGGGUCAUCUUGAUGAUCAUGGACAGAAACGAAGACAUUCUAGCCAUCACUCAAAUUCAAAACAUAGAGAACAUCAGAAAAAAAGAAAAGCAGAUUCACAUGCCUCACAUAAAAGUAAACUUCGUAUACAUUCUGGAUCUAAGAAAAUAGUAAAACAUCACCAUCAUUCUGACAGAAGCAAAAUGCAAAGGUGUGACAAUGGAGAAAAGAUUGAAUUGAUAGAAAAAGAAAGUAAAAUGGAUUCUCAUGCUUUUGAGGAAUCUUGUUCAGUUUCAGCAAAUGAGAAAAUUGCAAGACAUUCAUCAAGUGGACAAGAAAUCUCCAAUAAGGAAAAGAAAUUCUCAAAAAGUGAGAACAGCAAAACAGAAGAAAAAAAUAGCAGUUCAAAGAAGAAAAUUACUCCACGUAGUAAAUUAAAGAGCUCGGUAACUAAGGUGAAUAGUAUAAAGAAAAAAAGACGAAGCAGUGGAAAUGUAAAAAGAAAAAGCACUGCUCUCAUGGCAACCAGUAAACAUAAAUGUAACACUGAAGAGAGCAUUCAAAUAGAUACUGACAAUACUGAAGUUGAACUUGAUAGAACUGGUGGAAAAGAGCACAAUAUUUUUAUUUCUGGGAAACAAAAAGAAUAUAAAUCAAGUGAAGAUACUGAACUGCUUACUGUAAAUGGAGAGAGGGGUCGUCAUGAUUCCAAGAUAAAACAACUGGAGUGUCACAGUAACAAGAUAGAACAUGGGCCACCUACAGUAAAGGUACAUGCAUUGAGUGUCAAUAAUCAAAGGUUAGAUGGUUGUGAUGGAAAGAAUGAACAGGACAAUAAUGAAUCACACAAAAUCAGCCAGAGCAAUAAAACUGAAAAAGAUGUGGUCCAUCAUGAAAAUAUUGCUGAGAAAAAGACCAAAAUUGAAGGAGAAAAAAACCUGUGUACAUUAAAUUCAGCGAAAAAAGAAAGUGCUGUAAAAAUAGAUAAAAAGAAAACUGAUUUAAAAAAGAGAAACCUGUCAGGAAAAAGUGGUGACAAAGAUAAAAAGGUUGUCAAUACAAAGAUAGUUAAAACACCUGGUAAGAGUUCAUCAACUACUUCUUCCUUAAAAAUUGUGUCAUCUGGGCACUCUGGUAGUGGUACAAAAUCAGCCUCAAAAGCAGGUUCAUCAAAAAAAUGUAUUAAUCAUGUCAAUAAAUCAUUCACGCAGUCGGGAUCAUCAGGCAACACUAUCAGUGACAAAAGCAAAUCAACUCUAAAGAAAAGGAAGCGCUCUUCAGAUGUAAAACCUGUAAAAAGAAGGAGAGUCUCCAGUGACAAGUUGUCAACAAAAGAUAAAUCUGCUUCUAUUGAUGUAGUUUCUACAAAACUAGAACAGGAUGAAAUUAAAGUAGAAGAUAACAACUGCGAUCUUGCUGAUCAGGCAGAUCAGGUGACUUUGCAAAGUAAUGCGAGAACAGUGGAACAUCUGUAUAAGUUAGCAGAUUAUGAUGAACAACGAAAGACAAAUGCAGUAGAAUUAGAUGUCAUUGAUGAGUCUAAACAGGAAGUGAAAGGCUGUAAUGAUUAUACAGAUAUUAAUGAUCUGUCCAAGAAUGUUCUUCGGGAUAUUAACAGAACAGACCAGAAUCUGAAUGUGGCAGACAAAUGUACAAGUCCACAGUGGAAUUUAGAAUCGACAGAGUAUAGUGCAAAUGACAAUGAUGGCUUAACCAAACAAUCUCUCAAAUGUAUCCCAUCUGUAGAAAUGGAAAUACCUGAACUUAGUGCUCCUAUAGGGAGUGACAAUGAAUUUGAUUUUGGUGAUAAUCCUCCUCCAACUCCAGGAUCAUCUAUUUAUUUCAAAGCAUCGGAAGAAUAUGAUUCUGUUUUUAGUGAAGCUCCCCCACACACUCCUGGUUCAUCAUUGCAGUUUACCGAAGAUGAAGUGAUCCCUCAUGAUAAUCUAGAUAAACUUGAUCCUUAUGGCAGUGAUUGUGUCAGUGAAGUUGAUUUGAAUCCUUGUGUUACAGAUAGUAUGUGUUCGGACAGUAAGGAAGUGAAAGUGAUUAGAGAAGUGAAAGAGGCAAAAGGUUACGAGUUAUCAGACGGAGAGAUAUUAAGUAGUGAUGAAGAAGAGAUUACGAAGAACAGCAGUAGACAAAAUGGUUAUGCUGAAAAUGGUUCUAAAUACAAGAACAAAUCAAAGAAACAGACUGUUCCAAGGAGACCUGAUGAUCACAAAGAUUUGAGGAAUAUAUUAACUGAGAAAAAAUAUAAAGAUGAACGGAAGGACACAAUUAGAAGGGAAGAAAUAAGGAAGCUAGAACGACAAAGAGAGUCUGGCCACACAAGACAUUACUCAGAUUCACAACUUAGAAGGAGAGAAGAUGCGAUGAGGAACAGGGAAAGGGUGAAUGCAACUAGAAGAGAUGAAAAACUGCAUGAGAAUCACUUUGGCCAUAGAUCCCGAUCGCCUCCACUCGGCGAGUUGAAAUACAGAACUUACACAGAUAGAAGGAACACAAGGACAUCAUCUAGAGCUGAACAAGUUAGAAGAGACACCAAAAGUUCAAAUGAUGCAAACAAAUUUCGAGUUGAACAUGAUAGGCGAGACAGGUUGUCACCUAAAGAGAGAAUUGCUAGAACAUCUAUGAGGGAUGAAAAGCAAACUUUGACUGCUCAAAGUCAUAGAAGUGAUGAAGGUAGUUGGAGGGAUACUAAAUCAUCAAGAAAUACUAGAACUGAGCAAAGUAGUAGAGAGAAAAAAGUUGAGAGCAGAAAUUCUCGGGACUAUGUCAGGGUGCCUUCUAAAGUUGACCUAAGGCACAGGAGGCACUAAACUUUUCACUCCGUAUUUAACUGCUGUUACAUGAAAUGGUUACCUACAUAAUAAUCGUGCAUUAAUCAAUUCAAGUUUUACAUUUUAUAUGUAUAUACCUAGUAAAAAAUGAAUAGUUUUUGUUUAAGUUUCAUGUUCGUUAUUUAAUAACUUAUCAGUAGAAAUAUUCACUGUUAAUCGCAUGAUUAGAAUUCAUAAUAGUUAGUGCUUUAAAAACAUAAUGAAUGCACAGGUUUUGGUAAAUAAGGUUGAUAAUUUAGUCAUAAAUUAGCAAUCAUUAUAACCGUAUCGUAGCCAGUUCUAGGGUGUAUAUGUUUAGCUGUCAUUAUUGUCCACCCUGAAAAAGCAGACCAGUUAUUAACUGGCCUAAUCUGUGAAUCCACUAUUAUCUCUGAAUUAUACAUGCAUUGAAAGUAAACAACUCUAUAAUUACUAGUUGAUUGUUGUAUGUAGUAUUGUAAAGAUAGAUAUAUAUAUUGUCUGAAUUUGAUUUGUACUGUUUUAUAUGUAAGAUUAUUUUUAAUGUCACAUUUUAGCAGAAAUUGUUUUGAAAAUACAAAUUGUUUUAUGAAAUUUGACAAAAACUGCACAUCAUAAUAAAAUUGCUAAAA